ACUUUGCAUUGAAACGACGACCUAAUUAACGGAUAGCCAGCUAUUUAAGGAUUUUCCUGUCUUUUGAAAUCUUCAUCUAAUGUGACAGCCACAAAUUCAUAAGGAUUAAAUCAGUGUUCAGUGCGGAAGUGGUCUUAAACAUUUUAGCUCCUAAUCAUGGGUGACGAAGAUAAAAAAGAAAAGAAGAAGAAGAGCAAGAAGAAGUCAGCUCAAGAAACAGAUGCUUCUGCGGAAUGCGAAACUGUAGCUGUUGAUGAAACCCCCUCCGAUCCUGUUCCUAUCGAGCAGCCAAUUAUAACCGCUCCCCCAACCAUGGAGAAAAAGUCAUCUACAAAACGGAAAGCUCACAGAUGUGGUUCGAACGUGUUUGCCAUGUUUACUCAGAGGAAAGUGCAGGAAUUUAAAGAGGCAUUUCAACUAAUUGAUCAAGAUAAGGAUGGUUUCAUUACAAAGUCUGACUUAAAAAUAACGUUUGAUCUCUUAGGGCGAGAAGUUGAUGAUGAAGACUUGCAGUCAAUGCUAGCCGAAGCCCCAGGACCACUGAACUUCACUAUGUUUCUUACUAUCUUUGGAGAAAGAAUAUCAGGAACUGACGAAGAAGAUGUCAUCCUGUCAGCGUUUUCCAUUUUUGACGAAGGCGAUGGUAAAAUGAAAGAAGAAGUAUUAAAAAAUACUUUACGAAAGCGUGGAGAUAAGUUUACUGAUGAAGAGGCUGACAUUUGUCUUAAAGAAGCGCCAGUUGAUAAAGAAGGUUACAUCAGUAUACGAAGGUUUACACAAAUUCUAACAAAAGGUGAUGAAGAUGAUGAUACAGAUGGUGGUUAAAAGCUAAAUUCACAGGAAGAAAAGGAACUGAAGACGUAGAUUUAACUCUACGCAUUAGCUGGCACAUUAGAUGAAUUAAAACCAUAUCUACAAUAUUUUGAAUGAUGGAAUUUACCAACUGUCUGACAAAAUGAACAAAUAAAAUAUUUCAUUAUUUAA